CCAAACGUGAAUUAUAUCUAGUGAGAUUUUCUUUCAAGUACCUCGCAGCUUUUAUGUAUGUUAAGAGGUCAUCAAAUUCGAGUUUUCUCUGAAAUGAUUUAGCUCCCUUUUCUUGUUUUUGCCAUUUUCAACCCUUCUGUAUCAACUUCUAUGACCAAGUUUUUAUCUUUUAUUCCUUUUGUAUCAGGAAGCUGACGAACUGAAAUCUCAAUGGAACUUGAAAUUACAAAAGUUUAUGCUGUUUUUCUCCACACUUUUAUCUGGUCGUUGCUAGGUUCUUUUACUGCGACUGUGGGUACUGAAACUGAUAUUGCUUGCUUAAAAUCUGUUAAAGCUUCCUUGGAAGACCCUUUUGGUUACUUGAAAUCUUCGUGGGACUUCAGCAACAAUACAGAAGGCUUCAUCUGUUCAUUUACUGGUGUGGAUUGCUGGCAUCCUAAUGAGAACAAGGUUUUAAAUCUCAGAUUCUCUGAUAUGGGGCUGAGGGGCCGAUUUCCUCUAGGGAUUGAGAAUUGUACAAGUUUAACAGGCUUGGAUCUUUCCGGUAACGAGAUUGAGGGACCAAUUCCAUUUGACAUCCCGAAAAGACUUCCAUUUGUUACAAGCCUCGAUCUUUCCUCCAACAGUUUUUCCGGUGAAAUCCCAUCCAGCAUUGCCAAUUGCUCCCAUCUGAACAUUCUUAAACUAGACCACAACCGACUUACAGGUCAUAUUCCACAAGAAAUUGGUGGGCUCAGCAGGAUCAAGGUCUUUAGUGUCUCCGAUAAUCUAUUAUCAGGGCCAGUGCCAAACUUUGCAAACACUACAGUUUUGACCCAAGACUAUGCAAAUAACAAUGGACUCUGUGGGGGGCCUUUGCGAAGGUGCCCAGUGAAUCGAAGGAAAUUUAAUUUGAGAUUUGAUUAUUCAUUCAAAGGUGGGUUUGCAAUUGGUUAUACAGUUUCUCUGAUUUCAGCUAUAGUUGUAUAUGCGUCCUAUUGUGUACCUUGGGUGUAUAUGGGAAAGAAGAAUGGGAUGAUCACAAUACCAGAGCUGGUAAUGUUGAUGCUAAGGAGGAAGAACAAAAAUCCAGAGCUUGAGCAACUGGCUAGCUUAUCAACUAUGGAGUUUUUGCUCGAGAAAGAGAUUUCUACCUCACAGCACUUUGUUACGAGAAUGAGUUCUAUAGAUCUGUGCAACGCCACUGGAAAUUUUAGCAAGCAUAAUAUCAUUGGGGUGGGACAAAUCGGCACCAUGUACAAGGCAAGCCUUCCUAAUGGUUGGUCCCUCGCAGUAAAGAAAUUAUAUAUUUCUGAACAAUCUGAAGAGCAGUUCAUAUCUGAAUUGAAGACAUUGGGUAGAUUGAGACAUGAUAACUUGAUUCCACUCCUCGGAUUCUGCAAAGAAGCAAAAACAAGGCUUUUGGUGUAUAAAUAUGUAUCAAAUGGAAGCCUUUUCGAUUGGUUACAUUCAUGGGAAGGCAAGAAGAAAGUGCUGAAAUGGCCUUUGAGGAUGAAAAUUGCUGCUGGUAUAGCAAAAGGCUUGGCAUGGCUCCAUCAUUGCUGCAGUUUCCGUGUGGCUCAUCUUAACAUAAGCAAAAAAUGUAUUUUACUUGAUAAGGAUCUUGAGCCCAAGUUAUCAAACUUUGGAAUGUCUACCUUCAUCAAUCCAAAUGAGGUCAAUUCAAGCAGUGGUUUCUUCAUGGAUGUUGAUUUUUGGGAGGAAUGUUUUCUUAAGGAAGAUGUUUUCAACUUCGGAAUUGUGCUUCUUGAGUUGAUUACAGGCAAAAUGGGUACUGUUUUGAGCAGCUCUUAUGGAAGCUUGGAUGAAUGGUUAAGUGAUCUCUGUUCUAGCUCUUCAAGUCUAUAUGAUUGCAUCGAUAAGCAUCUGAUAGGGCAAGGACAUGAUCAUGAGAUCUUUCAGUGUCUGAAAAUAGCGCGUAAUUGUGUACUGCGCUUUCCAGAGCAAAGGCCAACCAUGCUUGACGUUUACAUGACAAUAAGUAGUAAUAAUUGAACCCUGCAAAUUGAAAUUGUUUCACCAAAUUCAGAGAUGAUUUAUGCAGAACAAAAAUGUGCAAGCUUUGUCAUUGGAAGCAAAAGCAUAAAGCUUCCUUGUGUUACACCUAAACUGAUUCCAUCAGUUUGAAGUAUAAUUUAGAGUAUGUUUUAAAUGCAAUCUCAUGAUUUAAUCAUGUUCUUCAA